AUGCCGCCGCAAAUCAAGAGCGACCUGAACCGAUCGGGCUGGGAAACUACCGACUUUCCAUCUGUCUGCGAGAAAUGCCUACCGGAUAGCACCUACGUGCAGAUGCUGAAGGAGGACUACGGCGCAGAGUGCAAGAUCUGCACGCGACCCUUCACCAUCUUCCGCUGGAAGGCCGACCGCACCGCGCGACAAAAGCGAACCAACAUCUGCCUCACAUGCGCCCGCCUCAAGAACUGCUGCCAGCACUGCAUGCUCGAUCUGUCAUUUGGUCUGCCCAUCGUAGUCCGUGAUGCUGCUCUGAAGAUGGUGGCGCCCGGCCCGCAGAGCGACAUCAACCGACAGUACUAUGCGCAAGAGCACGAGAGAGAGAUCGAAGAGGGGCGUGGAGCGAUGGAGGCAUACGAGAAGACGGAUGAGAAGGCACGCGACCUGCUCAAGCGUUUGGCGCAGAGCGAGCCCUACUACAAGAAGCAGCGACGGAUAGAGGCUGAGGAGGGCGAGAGUGGGCAAAAGGCAUUACCCGCGCCAGGCGGAGGCGGCGCAGGAGGGGAGAGCAGUCACGUCCCCGGACCGAUCAGAACGCGAGACUCACGAGGUACACCUGCGCGAGGAGGCAUGAGGCCUGGAAGAGGAGGUCGCAUGGGCGGCGCAUCCGCGGAGCCAAACCCGCAAGAUUGGCUGCCACCUUCCGACCCCAACGUCGCAUCGCUCUUUGUCACGGGUGUAGAAGACGACCUUCCCGAACACGAGCUCCGCAAGCACUUUUCACAAUACGGCCAACUUCGAUCGCUGGUAUGCUCACAUCGAGCGCAUUGCGCAUACGUCAACUUCGUCAAACGGGAAGACGCCGAGACGGCAGCGGGUACACUAAAGGGCAAGGUGGUCAUCAAGGGCUGUCCUAUGCGCGUUACUUGGGGCAAGCCGAAGCAGUUGGACAGCUUGGAUCAGAACGUCAGGAUGCAGUACGCGAAGGAGGGACGACAAGUAGCGGGCUCGUCGCGACGGGCAGCUGCUUCUCAGGCCGCGAUUGAGGCUGCACCACAGAACAGCCUGGACAGUAUGGUCGUUGCACCUCCGCCGGGAGCUGAUGACGAUGUUCAAUACGCCAGUUUGGCCGGAAACUAG